AUGUCUGACGCCGCCGCGGCCAAGCUCCUGCAGCAGCAGUUUAAGAAACUUAUGACGGAUCCUGUGGAGGGCUUUGCUCCCGAAAUCCCUGACGAUUCCAACCUCUACAACUGGCGCAUCUAUCUCGAGGGUCCCAAGGACACCAUGUACGAAGGUGGUGUGUUCCAGCUCAACAUGGCCUUCCCGCGAGACUACCCCAUGGCCCCUCCCGAGCUGCGCUUCAUCUCUGACUUCUGGCACCCGAAUGUGUUUGCCGACGGUAAGGUUUGCAUCUCCAUCCUUCACCCGCCUGGCGAGGACGAGAUGAGUGGCGAGCGGCCUGAGGAGCGCUGGUUGCCCACUCAAUCUGUGGCAACGAUCAUGCUCAGCGUAGUGUCCAUGCUCAAUGACCCCAACUUCUCCAGCCCUGCCAACGUCGACGCUUCGGUUCAGUGGCGAAAGGACAUGCCUGGGUACAAGAGAAAGAUCAAAGAGAUCAUCGCGAAAGCCAACGCAGAGUUUGAUGGACACAUCAAGAUCCCUCAUCCGGACACAAACGAGGAUGAAAGAGCGAAGGCGAUCGAAAGGAUCAAGGAACUGAACAAGCCCAUGGACUUGUACGACGAAUUCGAUGACUAUGGUGAUGAUGCAGAGGAGGAUUUCGAGGACGAUUUUGAAGAUGGCGAUGAUGAUGAUUUCGAGGAUGGAGACGAGGAGGACGAUGACGAAGGCAGCGACUAG